UUUUUUAAGUAGUUGAAGGGUUACAGUACUGAAAGCCAAUUGAAUAUUAUUUUUUUCUGUAAAUAACCACAUAUUUACCUGAUGAAGUGUUUUAAUGCACACUGGAAGCUUUUCUUAGAUUAAUUUGAGUUAAUAAAUAUUAACGCGUUAAUUAUUUUUGAUCGUGUGCGUUAACAUUCACAGCCCUAAAGAAAACAUUUGUUUUUUUUAAUUUUGAUGCUUUUGUUUUCACAGAAAUAGGAUUUUUAUUGGUUUUGGUUUGUUAGAAACCUUCAGAUAUAUUACUUUUUGAUGCAAACAUAAAGAAAAACUUGAUUUUAUGUCAGAAAUAGAAGGAAAAAAAGGCUGAUUUGAUAAACUAACUCAUUAUCAGGGGUGAUAUAGUAAAUACUCGUGACCUUCACGUCUCUAAAGUGACCUUGUAAAGAUUAGAAAAUGUGAAAAAGUGGAUUUUACUGGAGCAGACUGAGGCGGUCAGCUCCCCAUCAGCCGUCCUCAAAGUUCUAUAAAAAAAAAAAGAAAAAAAGGAAAAAAGUGGGUCAGUUGCUGCUCCGAUUCCUCUUUUUGUUCCCUCCUCGUCUGCCUUGUUGUCCUGCGUGUUCGUGCGUGUGUGCGCCUGCGAUCAGCAGCAUGCCACGCCACGAGCGACCCCGACGGAGCGCGGAACCGGCGGCAACUCGGACAAACGGCCAACUUCUGCUCUGCAAAUGCACUUUAUAUUUAUUCAUCUUCAGUCUGGAACUGAGGAGCGGCGCUUCGGCGUCACCUGAGUCUGAUGACUUUGCUUUCUUCCUCGACGGCCCCAACUUCUGCCUGGGGGUGGUGGAUAAAUCCUUAUUACUGAAAUCAAACUGUGAGGAGCCCCUCCAGCGCUGGAAGUGGGUGUCCCGUGGACGCCUGUUCAACCUGGGCUCCUCUCUGUGCCUGGGUAUAACCACUGCCAACUCCACUUCCCCCAUGGAAGCGUUCCCUUUGGGGGUGUACACGUGUGACCGAGAGCCCCCCAGGGUCCGCUGGACCUGGAACUGCGAGCAGGUUCUGGACGUCUUCAACAGCAUUCACACGACCUCCAUCGGGAACUCGUCCCUCACGGCGACGGCGCUGACGCUGAAGUGGAGGCUCCAUGGGGAUGUGCAGGACCUGUGCUCCAAAACGUACCAGGAGAUCUACACCAUCCAGGGUAACUCUAACGGCCGACCCUGCCAUCUGCCCUUCCUGUACGACGGCCAGUGGUUUCAUAACUGCACAACCAUCGGACGUGAAGAUGGUCACCUCUGGUGUGCCACCACAUUUGACUACGGCCAAGAUGAGCGCUGGGGGUUCUGUCCCGUCAAGAGCAGCAGCUGUGAGACGUUCUGGGACACUCACACGGCGACGGACAGCUGUUACCAGUUCAACUUCCAGGCUGCCCUGACGUGGAACGAGGCUCGGAUCAGUUGCCAGCAGCAGGGGGCCGACCUGUUGAGCGUCACCAUGCUGCACGAGCAGACCUACAUCAAUGGUUUACUGACUGGCUACAAUGCUGCUUUAUGGAUCGGCCUCAAUGACCUGGACGUCAGUGGAGGCUGGCAGUGGUCCGACUCCUCACCACUCAAAUAUCUAAACUGGGAAAAAGAACAGCCGAAUCACGCCGACGAGGAAAACUGCGUGGUGAUACGGACGGAAUCAUUAGGUGGCUGGCAAAACCGAGACUGUUCUGUUGAUCUGCCGUACGCGUGUAAGAAGAGACCCAACGCCACCAUGGACCCCUUCACGACUGAUUCAUGGACAGAUGACAAGAAAUAUGAAUGUGAUGUGGGCUGGCAGGCCUUCCAGGCUGGAUGUUACAGGCUGAACUCAGAGAAGACCAACUGGAAUGCAGCUCAAAAAAACUGCCAGAAGGUGGAGGCCAAUCUGGCCAGCAUUCACACUCUACCGGAGUUGGAGUUUAUCACCCGCAGUUUAAGGAAAGACAUUGACCAGUUAUGGAUCGGCCUCCACGACACCGACAUGCAAAUGGACUUCCAAUGGACCGACCACACUCCCGUCAUCUUCACCUACUGGCACCCGUUUGAACCCAACAACUUCCGCAGCACCCCAGAGGACUGCGUCUCCAUGUGGGGCAAUGAGGGUCGCUGGGAUGAUAGCCCGUGUAAUCUGACUCUGCCCUCCAUCUGCAAGAAACCAGGAACAAACCCUGAUGGGAAACCGCAGCAGCAGGAAUGCAGUCAAGGCUGGAAGUGGCACAGUCCGGCGUGUUACUGGGUGGGAGAGGAUCUGCUCACCUUCGACGAGGCCAAGAAGUCCUGCGAGGCCCACCAGGCGGCUCUAGUUCCCAUUACCAACAGGUUCGAGCAGGCGUUCGCCAACAGCCUGCUGUUUGGCCGCUCUGGAGAGUCUUUCUGGAUCGGCCUCCACGAUCAGGGCAGUCCCGGGUCCUUCAAGUGGCUCAGUGGGGAUGGAGUGUCCUACACCAACUGGAACCGAAACGAGCCUGCCAAGAUCCAGGGCGGCUGCGUUGCCAUGGCAACAGGCAUCGCCACCGGUCUGUGGGAGGUGAAGGAGUGCGCGUCGGCGAAGGCGAAAUUCAUCUGCCGUCAGAACCAGGACACGUCCCUGAGCCCGGAGCCCCCCGCCCCCCUGCCCACCCCGAGCCUGAGCGGCUCCUGCCCCGCCGGCUGGAAGAGCGCCAGCAACCUGCGCUACUGCUACAAGGUGUUCCACUCCUCCCAGACGGAGAAGAGGCUGAGCUGGCUGGACGCUCACCUGUUCUGCCGCAAACACGAUGCUCACCUGUUGAGCAUCAGCGGCGCCGACGAGGAGCACUUUGUGCUGCAGGUCCUUCAUGAGGCGUUUGGGGAGUCAGAGGACCACGAGCAGCACUGGUUCUGGAUCGGGCUGAACCGCAGAAACCCGAUGGACAACGGCAGCUGGAAGUGGAGCGACGGCCUGGCUGUAACGUACCAGAACUUUGGCCGCUACUACUACAACGUGCGUCAGUGUGCCGCGGCAGACCUGGGCGCCAUGACCUGGCUGGCUAUGCACUGUGACUCAGAGUUAGACUGGAUCUGCAAGAUUCCCAGAGGAAGUACUGAGAAACUUCCAGAAGUGACAGAAGGCAACUCUUCACCAGAGUGGAUCAUGUUUAAAGAGGCGGAGUACAAAUUCUUCGACCACCGCACCACGUGGGAUCAGGCACAGAGAAUCUGCUCCUGGUUCGAUUCCUCGCUGGCGUCGGUCCACUCAGCCGACGAGCAAAUGUUCCUGGCCAACACUUUACGCAAGAUGGUGAAAGCGGAAGGAGACAGCUGGUGGGUGGGGCUUCACACCUACGAAAACGACGGCCGUUUCCGCUGGUCUGACCACUCUGUGCUCAACUACAUUUCGUGGGCGCUCGGCAGGCCACACCCCCUCAGCCGCGACCGCAAAUGCGUUUCCAUCUCCGCCAGUAAAGUGGACUGGUCCGAUCAGAAGUGUCACUCCGACCUGCCGUACAUCUGUAAGAGGGUAAACGUUACCGGGACGGUUCCUCCAACGCCGUCAGCGCCUCACCCUCCAGCGGGCUGUCCUGAUGGGUGGGCCUCCUAUCAGCAUAAGUGUUUUCGAGUGUUCGAUCAAACUCCACGAGUCACAUGGUCUGCAGCCAAGCUGAAAUGUGACUCGCAGGGGGGAGUUCUGGCAGUCGUGUCCAGUCUUCCGGAGCAAGCUUUCGUCACCACUUUGCUGAAGAACGUCAGCGCCGACCUUUGGGUGGGUCUGACCUCAGACCCUAAAGGUCACUUCCAGUGGGCUCAGGCCGGCCUGCUCGGCUACACCAACUGGGCGCCCGGAGAGCCGCUGGACAACAGCGGACCCCACCACAACAAGACGCCGGGAAACUGUGUGGUGAUGAUUCACGGCAACCCAGAGAAGAAAGUUGGCAUGUGGGGCUCCAGAGCCUGUGAGAUGGAAAAUAACGGCUACAUCUGUCAAAAGCAGCAAGAUCGAGGUCUUCCCCCGGCUCCGCCCCUCGUCCCGUCCUCCCUGUCCAAGCCCGUGGAGCUGGGAGGGGUGACCUACAGGGUGGUGAAGAAGCCCCUGGACUGGACCGGCUCCGUGCACAUGUGUGAGUCUCUGAACGCGACUCUGGCCACAGUGAAGGAUCCGUUCCAGCAGGCUUACCUGACGCUGCUCAUGAGCCGCCUGCGCCAGCCAGCCUGGAUCGCUCUCUACAACUACGGCGGGCGGAGCUUUACCUGGCUCGGCAAUGAAGACGUGGCAUAUUCAAACUGGAAAGAUGGAGAGCCCAAUCAGAUGGCUGGAUGUGGUCACAUGACCACAACAGGACAGUGGACGAUGACCCCCUGCGACUCCAAACUGGACACUGCCAUCUGUCAGAUUGCAAACGAGUCUGUGAGUCACCAGUGGACCUAUCCCGGACAAUGCCCCCACUCUGUGGGACAGUGGUCAUGGGUCCACUUCAGAAACAACUGCUACGCCUUCAGCUUGCAUAGUCUUAGGCUGCAGGAUGUUGCGCAAAAUUCCUGCAAAAAACUUGGGGCGGAGCUUCUCUCCGUCAUGGAUGAGGCAGAAAACAGCUUCAUAUGGGAACACAUCCAGAGCUACGCGGAGACGGCGCAAGGAGCCUGGCUGGGCGUCAAAGUGAAAGGGAGAGGUCUUGUGUGGGAUGAAGACAAAGAGAUGUCGUACACAAACUGGGAGACCCGGAACGUCGCCUUCUCCGUGCUGUCCAUCAACUCCUGCUUCUGGAUCCAGAGCAACAGCGGCAUGUGGAAGGCGGGCUCCUGCGGCAAUCGCACACAUGGAGUCAUCUGCAAGCGGCCGCGAACUGUUGAGACCUCACCUGUGUCAGUGGAGACCGACCACGUGCCCACGAUCAUUGUAGUGGUGGUGACGGGCGUGCUGCUGGUGCUGCUGACCGCCACUUUGAUCUACAUGUACCGCCGCCGAAACGUGGGCUCGCAGGGCUCCUACAAGGGGGCGCGCUACAGCCGCAGCAACUCCAGCCAGGCGGAGCAGAUGGAGAAGAACAUCCUGGUGUCGGACAUGGAGUUGAACGAGCAGCCGGAGUAGCUCCAGCUGGCCGGACCGGACCGCACGGCAGAGGCUGGUGCCUGAUACGGCCUGUAGUAUCACGUAUGGCCUCGUUGGAACCAAAAUUUGUAAAUUGCUGAAUUGAUUUUACAGCUUUUUUUUUUUAACCAGGAUUUUUUCUUUGGUUUUUCCAGCAAAAGUCUGAUAUUUCCUAAACAGAGGAUAUCAAGGAAGCUCCAGUUUGGGUUAAAACCCAGCCAGCGAGGCCAAGUGGGCCCCAUGUGGUUUAAAGUGGCAGAAAAUGUGGGUCCUAAAUGGGUUUGUCCACAGUUUCUGUGGUGGCUCCACCUGUUUGCCCAUAUUAGCUUAAGUGGACAGUAAGUAGGCUUGUUACGCUAGCCUCCCGGUGGUCAACGGAGCCCGCUAGCUCAAUACAGCGAAGCUCGCUCGCUACAGGGGAACUCCCUAGCUCAAUACUACAGAGCUUACUAGCUUGAUACAGCAGAGCUCGCUAAAGCGGAGCUUACUAGCAGACUAUGCUAUCCAGGGACAGAAGAGCUCCCUAGCUCGGUACAAUGGAGCUCGCUAGCUCGCUACAGAUAAACUUAUUAACAUGCUACAUUAGAGCUUACUCCAGGGGCGCUUGCUACUCAAUACAACGGAGUUCGCUACGAAGGGUCUCACUUGCAUGCUACAUUAGAUCUUGCUAGCUCGAUGUAGCAGAGCUCACUACAGCGGACCUUGCUAGCAGACUACGUUGUCCAGGCGUAGUAGCGAGCCAGCUGCUGUCUUGGUAGCUCACAAGCUUGCUACAACGGAGUUCGCUAGCUUAGUACAGAGGAGCUCUCUAGCUCUCUACAGUACAGAUAAACUUGCUAGCAUGCUACAGCAGAGCUUUCAAGCUCGCUACAGGGGAGGCCGUGAGCUCGAUACAACGGAGCUAGCCACUCACUACAGAUAACCUUGCUAGCAUGCUACAGCAGAACUUGCUAGGUCUCUACAAGAGAGGUUGUUUGCUCCCUACAACGAAGCUCGCUAGCAUGCUACAACAGAGCUUGCUAGCUUGUUACAGAGAAGCUCACUAGCAUGCUUAAACACGGUUGCUAGCUCGCUAAAGGGGAGCAUGCUACAGCAGAGCUCGCUACAUCGGAGGUUGUUAGCUCAAUACAACAGAGCUUGCUAGCAUGCUACAGCAGAGCUCGCUAGCUUGUUACAGAGAAGCUCACUAGCAUACUUAAACAGGGUUGCUAGCAGAUAAACUUGCUAGCAUGCUACAGCAGAGCUCGCUACAGGGGAGGUUGCUCAAUACAACUGAGCUCGCUAGCAUGCUACAACAGAGCUUGCUAGUUUGUUACAGAGAAGCUCACUAGCAUGCUUAAACAGGGUUGCUAGCACGCUAAAGGGGAGCAGGCUACAGCAGAGCUCGCUACAUCGGAGGUUGUUAGCUCAAUACAACAGAGCUUGCUAGCAUGCUACAGCAGAGCUCGCUAGCUUGUUACAGAGAAGCUCACUAGCAUACUUAAACAGGGUUGCUAGCAGAUAAACUUGCUAGCAUGCUACAACAGAGCUUGCUAGUUUGCUAGCAAGCUCUGCUCUCUAGCUCGCUACAGGAGCUCUCUAGCUCGCUACAGAUAAACUUGCUAGCACGCUACAGCAGAGCUCACUACAGGGGAGGUUGAUAGCUGAACAUAACAGAGCUUGCUAGUUCAAUACAACGGAGUUCGGUAGUUCGCUACAGAGAAGCUCGCUAGCGUGCUAUAGCAGAUCUUGCUAGCUUGCUACAGGGGAGUUUCUUAGCUCAAUACAACGGAGCUCACUAGCAUGCUACAAUAGAGCUUGCACACUACACUGUCCACCGGGCGGCUGGCUAGCUUAGCGAGCUAACGCGCUGAGUUCCCACUUUUAAACCGUAUGGGGUCCAUUUGGGCUCGCUGGAUGUCUUUUAACCAAAAGUGUGGCUUCCUUGAUCCUCUGGGUUUAGUUUUUUCCCAGCAUACAACAGUUUCAUAGCAUCUUUUAGUGCCAAAGUCAGUUAUUGUAUAGUUGUUCUUGUUUUGUCUUCAGACCAAAACUCGUCUUCAGAUUUCGUCGCCGUGGCAGUAUUAACCAGAACUUGAAUUUCUUUUUUUUUUUUUGUCAUUUCAUUGAUGUUAUCUACACAGCUGCAGGAAACUGGUACUCACAACGCUCCUGCGGUUUCAUGAGCCCGCCUCUCCCCCUCUUCUCUGGCCUGACACGUCGGCAGCAGCUGUCAGCCGAGAAACGAGGACGUCCAAAUGUGAACACGUUGAAGGUGACGGCGACCUUAAACCGUCUUGAGGGCAAACUGUGCACAUAAGUAGAAGUUUGCAUUGAAAGCUGCUCUUUAAAUAGCCAGCAUUGUCGUUUUUUUUUAGUCCAGCAGGAGCGAAGGUUGUCAUCACAUGAUGGGACUUUGAGCCACAUUUUGGCACUUUUUGAACUCAGAUCUAAUUUCAUCCUCCGCUUGGCUGCGUUCAUUCUGUUCUGUGAUUCUUGACGUUUGUUUUGGCGCUCUCUGUGGCCCCAUCUGGAGCUGACACAACACUUUUUCCGGGCACUCAUUUUCUUUGCGUGCUCCAUUAAAAAACAAGGUUUGUAAUUUGAUAUCUGUCUGCUCCAUCAUCUCUUUACGACAUUUCAAGAUGUGAUUUGACCUGCGUAAGUGUUUGGAAAAAUUCUUCUUUUACGUGACGAUUGUAAAGGAAAUCAUCCCUCGCUUGCUUAAGUUGUACAGUUUAUCUGGUGUGUGGGAGCCAAAGGAUGUUCAAAUCCAUUUUUUUGUUAACUGAAA